GGCUGGUUGCGAAUACAACACAACCUAUUGAACCCAAAAUCAAACCCUUCUCUCCAUCUUCUCAACCCUUUCUAAUUCUAUUCUCUCUCUUACUCUGCAACUCUUCUCUGUACAAAUAAACACUCUGAUUUCUCUCUCCCUCUCGAUCCCUUCUCUUUCUCUCUACUUUCUCCUUCUUCCCAUGGCUGACAGAAAGUUCGAUCUACCCGACGUUAUCCUUCCCUCUAAUUCAAAACCGCCCGAUCACUCCUGCACUUCCAAACUUGAAACAUCUGGAGAAAGUGGUGAGGAAAAGAUGCAUUGUGGGUUACUUGACGAGUCCAAAGAAAGCAGCAUACCUUUGUCUCCCCAGUGGCUUUAUGCCAAACCAACUGAGUCGAAGAUGGAAUUACGCCCUUCAAGUUCACUAGGAAACUCCACAGAAAGCAACCUUAAGGAUGUUUGGCGUUUGGAAGAGGACAAAAAGGACCGAAAGCGCAUUAACACUGAUGGUGAAAGUAGUCGCCGCUGGCGUGAAGAAGAAAGAGAAACUAGCUUACUUGGUGGUAGAAGAGAGCGCAAGAAAGUGGAGCGCCGAGACAAUUCUUCAAUGAGAGAAACUACUGACAAUAGAGCAUUACCUACUUCUGAGCGAUGGAAUGAUGGCCGUAACUCCGCACAUGAAACCAGACGCGACAACAAAUGGUCGUCUAGGUGGGGUCCUGAAGACAAAGAUAAGGAAGCACGAAAUGAAAAGAGAACAGAUGUGGAGAAGGAAGAUACUCACUCCGAAAGCCAAACUACUGUGGGUAGCAACCGUCCCACUGCUGAGCGUGACUUAGAUUCUCGUGACAAAUGGAGGCCACGCCAUAGAAUGGAAGUUCACCCCAGUGGUUCAGCUACAUAUCGUGCUGCACCUGGAUUUGGGCUUGAAAGAGGAAAGGUGGAAGGUUCAAAUUUAGGAUUUGCCCGGGGACGAGGAAGGCCAAAUGUUGCUGGAAGAUCAUCUUGUAUAGGCACAGCUAGCACUACUUGUUCUGACAGAACAGAAAGUGUUCCCGGAAAGUUAAGGUACUCAGCUGAUAGGUUUUACUAUCCAAGGGGUAAGCUUCUUGACCUUUAUCGUCAGAAUCAGCUUGAUCCAUCUUUUGUUACAAUGCCAAAUGAGAUGGAGGACUCACCUCCUAUAACAGAAGUAGGGUUGGUUGAACCAUUGGCUUUUCUUGCCCCAGAUGCAGCUGAGGAGGCCACCCUUAGCAAUAUAUGGAAGGGAAAGAUAACAAGUAGUGGUGUGGUGUCUAAUUCAUAUGAAAAUGGGAGAUCAACUGAAAAUAUGACAGGUGUUGGAGAUCUUGAAUCUGUAGAUGGAGCUGUGGACAUUCUGCCCUUAACCCUUGUUGGGGAGACUAAUAAUACCAUGCAAAAGUUUGCAAAUGGUGAUAGUACUUUGGUAGAAGAAUGUAUUGGUAUUGGAAGUGGUGUACAUUUUGGCGGUGAAUGCCAUAGCACAUUUCAGCAUGAUAUCAGUACAAAUAAACAGAAGUUCGAUUCUUCUUUUACCAGCAAUUCUUGUGUGGACAACAUUGGUUCUGUUGAUUCUGACGUUAGUUCCAAGCUGUCUAACAAUCAAGGUUCUCACCAUAUUUUGUCUUUUACUGAGGACGCUCACAAUGUGAACACUACCAUUGAGGCAAACAGAUUGGAUAAGGAUGUCUUACCUGAAGAUUUAUGCUUGUGUUACCUUGAUCCUCAAGGAAUGAUUCAGGGACCAUAUCUGGGGGUUGACAUCAUCUCAUGGUUUGAGCAAGGUUUCUUUGGAACUGACUUACCAGUUCGCCUGGAAGAUGCACCUGAAGGAACACCUUUUCAAGAUUUGGGUGAGGUCAUGCCACAUCUAAAAGCAUGGGAUGGACAGGGGUAUAAUAUUAAUCAGAACCUGGAGAUAGAAGAACCUGGAUCUUUAGGAGUAACUUUGGGGACUAAUUUACCUUCUGCUCCUGCUUCUGGAUUAGGCGCCUCAUCUAUUGGAAAUGAACCCAGCCCAUCCUUACCUGAGUUCAACAGCCUCCCAGAUGAGCUUGUUCAGCUAAGAAUAUCCGAGGCUGAAGAUCCACAACUGCCGCAUUUUAAAGGUCAAAGCUUUGACGGUUUUGAUGGACAAGAUGAAGAAAUCUUGUUUCCAGUAAGACCAAUGAACACUGGCUUUGCAACAGCAAAAUCUCCUGUCAACCCUCACGAUGGUUUGGCAAGUUGUGGUAGCCACAUUCCUCCCUCCUUGCCUGAAUAUACAGAACCUGGCUUGCAAAAUCAAGCUGAAACUAAGAUGCAUCCUUUUGGCUUGCUGUGGUCUGAGCUGGAAGGUGCUCAAACAAACUAUGCACAGGCAUCCAGUGUUUCUUCUAGCAUGGGCAGGACUGCUUCCUUUGGUGGUAUGGCUGAUCCAGCUCUUGUUUCCGACUCUUGGCCUGAUUAUGGGAGAAACCAACGUUCUGAUCCCAACCUGUAUCAAGAUAAGAUGGCUGCUCACAGUUUGUCACGCAUGGAACGCGGACCCAGCCAUCUUGAUUUAACUGAUCAGCUGAUGUCACAACAGUUGCAGCAACAGAAGCUCCAGCAGAGAAAUAUGUUGUCUACAUUCCCACAAUUAAAUGAGUCAUUCUUCGAACAUUUGCCUAAUCAAAGUCUUAUUCAUCCCCAACAAUUGGCUAACAUUUCUGCACCAGAACUAGAUCAUCUUAUGAAGACACUUCAGCUGCAACAGCACCGACAGCUUCAGCUCCAGCAGCAGCAGCAGCAGCAAUAUCAGAUGCAGCAACAACAAUUUAUUCAGAAGCAAAAGCUUUUGCAAGAACAACAGCAAUCUCAUGCACGACAACUGUCUCUUGAACAGUUGAUGCAUAGUCGAAUGCAUGAACCUGGUUUUGUACAGCCACAUCUUGAUCCUCUGAGAGCCAAUAAUGUUCUAGAUCAAGUACUUUUAGAGCAGCACCUUUUAAAUCAACUCCAACAACAGUCUCAUCACACACCUAGGCAUGUAGAUCCAUCUCUAGAGCAGCUCAUUCGAGCAAAGCUUUGUCAGACUCCACAGCAAGAACAUCCAAGAGAUUUAUAUGAUGCACUAUCUAGUGCGCAGCAUGGACAUCGGCAAUCUUUGGAACAACAGAUGCUUCAGCAGGAGCUGCUGCAAGCAAGGCAGAUGUCGAUGGGAUUGAGGCAGCGAGCAAGUUUGGAAGAAGAGAGGCAUGUUAAUUCAGUUUGGCCAACUGAUGAGUCUAAUCAAUUCUUAUGGGCCCAUGCUGGUAGUCACCGAGCUCACUCUUCUGGAAUUAGUCCUUUAGACAAUUAUAAGCAGCGACAGAGGUCAUCUCAUGAAGAGCAGGUGGGCCAUCUCGAACGGAAUCUUUUUGUUCAAGAGCAACUUCAGCAAGGGGUUUAUGAACCUGGCUCAUUGCCAUUUGAGUUGUCAAUGUCUUAUCCUCAGGGUGCUUCAGGAAUGAAUUUGGAUGCUGUUAAUGCCAUGGCUCGGGCUUAUGGUUUGGAUAUGCAUGAGUCAAGUGCACGAAUGAAAUCUUCAAAUCAAGUGGGACCAUUUCCUGCUGGAGUUCAAAGUGUUGGUCCUCAGCACCCUUUAAUUAAUAAUCAAUUUCAGGUUCCACGAAUGGAUGGAAUUGAGAACAGUUGGUCUGAGAAGAAUGGGCAGCUAGAGAAUUUCUUCGUUGAUUCUCGGUUUCGACAAUCGCAUAUUGCUGCAGAGCGACAGAAAAGGGAGUCUGAAGCCAAAAUUGUUUGUGAGGAUUCUAAUUUAUGGUUGUCAGAUGAUGAGAAGUCAAAGAGAUUAUUGGAGUUGCUUAAUCAAAAAUCAGGCAAUUAUAUUCCUGAAUUGAUGGAUGUUGGUACUAAAUCAUCCUUUGAGAGAGAGUUAUUAGGAAGCCAUUAUGCCAAGUCAAGCUCAUCAGAAGUACCAUUUACUUUGCCUUCAGAUGGAGAAGCUAAAUUAAAUAAUUCAUUUGGGGUGGGCAUUUUUGGUUUGAGUCAAAGUGAACCAACACAAGAAGUGAACACUGAUUCUGGAGUAUCCUCUCUGCACAAACAGCAGCUGGAGUUGCAAGGAUUGAAAGGUGAGGGUAUGAUGAAAGGUCAGGAAUUCGAGAGACAACAAAGGAUGGUGGAGCAAGCAGGGUUGGAAGCUCUAGAUCAUGAGAGAUCGAUGAAUGCCUUGAGCAGGCAUUCUUCCCUUGGGGUUACUGAUGGGAGUGCAGCCAUUUACCAUAACAAGUGUGGUGCUUCUAAUUCAUUUUUGGACGAUGCUGCAAAAGAUAGGGCAUUAUUGAUCAAAGGGCAAGAAAGUAUUCUGUUGAGACGACCUCCUGUGCCCCGUACGCCCUCAUCGCAGGAUGGCUUGUCUGAGCUAGCAUCUGAUCCAGUUUCUAGGGGAAAAAAUUCUUCAAGCAUGCCCGAUGGUAUGUUGAUAUCUGUCAAUUAUGUGUUUAGUUUGACUUGUAACAUGAGGAAUGAUUAGAGUGAAUGGAGUAAAACAUAUUUUCAUCUUAAUAAGUAUAGCUGGGGUCAUUUUCAUCUGUCAAGGUACAUCGAGUAAUUCAAGAAGCCAAGUUCCAGACUUACCAGCCUCUUCCAAGAAGGACAUGCGCUUCCGCCGAUCUUCGUCUGGCAGUGAUGCAGAUGUCUCUGAAGCGUCCUUUAUCGACAUGCUAAAGAGUACUGCAAAGAAGGCGGCUCCUCCAGAUGCCCAUUCUACAUCUGAAUCAUCAGAUGGAACACAAGGGCGAAGUGGAAGAAGGAAGGGGAAGAAAGGGAGGCAAAUCGACCCCUCUCUACUCGGCUUCAAAGUCAGCAGCAACCGUAUCAUGAUGGGUGAAAUACAACGAGCAGAUGAUUAGAAGUUUAGAACCAAACCAUUUUUGUUUUUCCUUUGUAUCAAUAUCUUUUUCUUGUUAGGUUUAUAGGUUUUCAGUGUAAAUCAAUUUCUUUUUAGGUUUAUAGGUUUUCAGUGUAAAUUAUUUUCUUCUGGAAAUUCUUUAAUUAUUUUUUUUAUUCUCAUCUUUCCUGCUUUUCGCCAUCUUAGUGAAAUGGUGAGAAAAAGAAAUGUAUGGCAAAACUGCCUGUUUUUUCAAAUCUGAGUGUGCAGCAGAAUCGGUACAUAGUUUUGUAUAGAAACAGAAUAAAAAAAAAAGGUUUAUAAUGAAAAGUAGUUAGUCAGUAGAGUUAGUUGGAAA